AUGAAUACAGAGUUUUUUAUUACUGAAAUACUGGCUGACCAGCUAUUUGGAAGUCAUGAGCUUGGGGCCCUCAGAAGGGAGAUGGCGGAUCUGAAUGCGCGCUUUGCGCUGUCUGAAAGAGGGUUACAGGUUCCACGCACGGCGGAGGGCACCCUGAGUUUGACUCCGGGCAGCCCUUCGCCAAUUGAUAGAGGGGCUCCUUGA